AUGCCCUGGCUAUCCCCUUUGCAUUCGCCGGCCGAAUCGCCGCGCAUCCAUACCCUCACGACUCCAGCAUCACCGUCUCCGAUAACCUACAUCCCGCCGCUGAUCGACGGCGCGUGCGGCACCGUCCCCAGGGCGCAGAAGCAGUCCCUUUCACAAAGCCUCAGCAGCGAUGCCUUUUCCCUGGUCAAGCUGCUGCCCGAGCUCGCCUUCUCUGCGUGGGAAGGCUUGUUCACCAACGACGGCGCCGCGAUCGGGGAUGAGAAUGCAGGCUCCCAAUGGGGCCGGGUUGCCGACCUGGUUCUGCAGCUUGCCGUGUCGGCUGUUGAGCUCAAUAUCCUCUUCUUCGCCACGCCCAUGUGGCUGUUCCUGCCUGGGCUCUUUUUUGCUGGCUGGCUGCUGCCUAUGCUCUGCGUGGUUUGGGGAAUCGCGCGUCUGCUCAACACCCGAGAGCCCAUAUACUGCCAGCCUCGACCUGCCCAGCCCGAGUCGGUGGGUAGGGCUCCCAGGAGCAGUAUCUGGUCGACUCACAAUAGCGAGGGAGAGGAUGAACGCUGGUUCUUUGUUUCUGGGAUGAGUCUCAGCCCGCGUACGACAAAAAACACCACCCUCCCUCUACUAGCCCGCCUCUUCAACCGCCCCAUAACCGCCCUCCUCACCAGAACCUACGGCGUCCCGCUUGACCUCCUCCUGCUCCCACUCGCCCGCGCCAUGCCAGCCCUGUCGCCCGACACGAUCCUCUACAACACCAUCCGCUCCGCCCUGCAGGACAACAAGGCCAACAAGGUCGUCGUCCUGGCCCACAACACAGGCGCCAUCCAGACCUCGCGCGUGCUGUCCCACCUCUGCGCCGACCUUCCCGCCGACAAGCUCUCCAAGCUCGAGGUCUACACCUUCGGCGCCGCUGCCGCAGAGUUCGUCCUCCCGCUGGGCGACGGCAGGGGUGCCGCCGAGUCCUCGGGCGCCACCACCCCCGCCCUCCUGAGCCCCGGAACAGGACCCCACGCUACUGCGGCGGCGUCCGAGGCGAUCGCGCGCCGCCCCGGUCCGCACAUUGAGCACUUUGCGCACGCGCGUGACCCCUUUGCCCGGAUCGGUGUGCUGCGUAGCGUGAGGGAGGAUUUGGACGGCCGGUUCUGCGGCGGCGUCUUUGUCGUGAACGGGCCGGGGCCUGUGCUGAGCGGCGGUAGCCGUGGCGCCGGCAGGGCGUGGGGGCCUUAUCACCACCACGUUGGAGCUGCCAGACCGCCAUCCCCGCUGUACCUGCCCGCGCUCGGUGUGAGCAGCAGCAGCAGCAGCAGUGCCGCCGCGUACAAGCGGGAAGUUCUCGACAUGACAGCCGCAGCAGCAGCGCCAGCCCCGUCAAAACGAGCCUGGCUGAGGCGGAUGCUGACGACGAUAACCCCAUCCACCAUGCCACUAGUCGGCCGCCUCGCCUCGCGGAUCCCAUCGGCGACCCCGCCGCCCGUCGUCAGCCUGCACGACUACCUCGCGGCGCUGUUCCCAGAGCAGGUGGCGACGCUGGCCAACUGCGACCGGGCGAGCGUGCUGGACAGCAUCAUGAGCAUCGAGCGCGACGUGGCCGAGAAGCGCGAGUUCGCCGCCAUCGCGUCGCACGCCUCGUCCACCAGCCUGGCCGCCGUGCAGUCCUUUGCCGCCGGCGGUGGUGUUGGCAAGACCAGCGCGAGGGACAAGCGGGUCAGCUGGACGGGGCUUGGCGCCACCGUCAACGGCGUCACUGGGGUGGGGAGCGGAGGAAACGGCGGCGGUGGUGGUGGUGGUGCCAAUGCCAACAACAGCAGCAGCAGCAACAACAAUGGUAUUAGUAGCACUCACCUGGACGGCAUCAUCGGGCUCGAGAUUGCCCGCCAGGGGUGUAGGGAUUGCCAGGGUCACCGAGGCAGGGAGGUGAGCCGGCUGGUGCGCUUCGUCGACGUCGGCGUCGGCAUGAGCGGCGCCGUCGCUGCAGCUGCGGGUGGCGGCGGUGUUGGCGUCAUCGGCCCGACUGGUGCUGGGUUGAGUGUUGUCGCGGUGAAGGAUAUUCCCAAGGGGACGUCCAUGUGA